AUGCUUGCUAAAGGGUUUGCUUUGCUUCCAAAUCCUAGUACAAGGGCAACUUUAAAACCAGAAGCUCGUGAAGAAAGAAAAUCGUCAUUGGUUGGUGGUAAGAGAAGAGAAGAUGUUGGUUCCGUAACAAGAAGAGAAUCUGAUAAUCAUAUGGCCAUUAACAACACAGAAUCAGAGAUUUUCAUGAAGGUUACUACAAAUGAUAAACGUUCCCUUUUACACAUGGAGAACUUGACCCUCCCCUCGGUAGGUUUACUGAUAUACUCUGCAAUUCACUCUCCAUAG